CCACCACCCCACGUGGUUGGAGGUUUCCAGAAUCGCUGCCACCACCGCGCUGCUCUGCUCCCGUCCAGCCGAGCGCUUCUUUGCUUCUUCCUAUUCCCUAGGUCUAGCCGCCAUGAUAAGCGCUAGCCGAGCCGCAGCAGCCCGCCUCGUGGGCGCCGCAGCUUCCCGGGGCCCCACGGCCGCUCGCCACCAGGAUGGUUGGAAUGGCCUUAGUCAUGAGGCUUUUAGGUUUGUUUCAAGGAGAGAUUAUGCAUCAGAAGCAAUCAAGGGUGCAGUUGUUGGUAUUGAUUUGGGUACUACCAACUCCUGUGUGGCAGUUAUGGAGGGUAAACAAGCAAAGGUGCUGGAGAAUGCUGAAGGUGCCAGAACCACCCCUUCCGUUGUUGCCUUUACAGCAGAUGGUGAACGACUUGUUGGGAUGCCAGCGAAGCGACAGGCUGUCACCAACCCAAACAAUACAUUCUAUGCCACCAAGCGUCUCAUUGGCCGGCGAUACGAUGACCCUGAAGUACAGAAAGACAUUAAAAAUGUUCCCUUCAAAAUUGUCCGUGCCUCCAAUGGUGAUGCUUGGGUUGAGGCUCAUGGAAAACUGUAUUCUCCAAGUCAAAUUGGAGCAUUUGUGUUGAUGAAGAUGAAAGAAACUGCAGAAAAUUACUUGGGUCACACAGCAAAAAAUGCUGUAAUCACAGUCCCUGCUUAUUUCAAUGACUCACAGAGGCAGGCCACUAAGGAUGCUGGCCAGAUAUCUGGACUGAAUGUGCUUCGAGUGAUUAAUGAACCCACAGCUGCUGCUCUGGCCUAUGGUUUAGACAAAUCUGAAGACAAAAUCAUUGCUGUGUAUGAUUUAGGUGGUGGCACUUUUGACAUUUCUAUCCUGGAAAUACAGAAAGGCGUGUUUGAGGUGAAAUCCACCAAUGGGGACACUUUCCUUGGUGGUGAAGACUUUGACCAGGCCUUGUUACGACACAUUGUGAAGGAGUUCAAGAGAGAGACAGGGGUUGAUUUGACCAAAGACAAUAUGGCACUUCAGAGGGUUCGAGAAGCUGCUGAGAAGGCUAAAUGUGAACUCUCCUCAUCUGUGCAGACUGACAUCAAUUUGCCAUAUCUUACAAUGGAUGCUUCUGGACCCAAGCAUUUGAAUAUGAAGCUGACCCGGGCUCAAUUUGAGGGGAUUGUCACUGAUUUAAUCAAGAGGACCAUUGCUCCAUGUCAAAAAGCUAUGCAGGAUGCAGAAGUCAGCAAAAGUGACAUAGGAGAAGUGAUUCUUGUUGGUGGUAUGACUAGAAUGCCCAAGGUUCAGCAAACUGUGCAAGAUCUUUUUGGCCGAGCCCCAAGUAAAGCUGUUAAUCCUGAUGAAGCUGUGGCCAUUGGAGCUGCCAUUCAAGGAGGUGUAUUGGCUGGUGAUGUCACAGAUGUACUGCUCCUGGAUGUCACGCCUUUGUCUCUGGGCAUUGAGACUCUGGGAGGUGUCUUUACCAAACUUAUUAAUAGAAACACCACUAUUCCAACCAAGAAGAGUCAGGUGUUUUCUACUGCUGCUGAUGGACAGACUCAAGUGGAAAUUAAAGUGUGUCAAGGUGAGAGAGAGAUGGCUGGAGACAACAAACUUCUUGGACAGUUUACUUUGAUUGGAAUUCCCCCUGCCCCUCGUGGAGUCCCUCAGAUUGAAGUUACCUUUGAUAUUGAUGCCAAUGGGAUCGUACAUGUUUCUGCAAAAGAUAAGGGCACUGGACGUGAGCAGCAGAUUGUAAUCCAGUCCUCUGGUGGAUUAAGUAAAGAUGAUAUUGAAAAUAUGGUUAAAAAUGCAGAGAAGUAUGCUGAAGAAGACCGGAGAAAGAAGGAACGAGUUGAAGCAGUUAACAUGGCUGAAGGAAUCAUUCAUGACACAGAAACCAAGAUGGAAGAAUUCAAGGACCAAUUACCUGCUGAUGAGUGCAACAAACUUAAAGAAGAGAUAUCCAAAAUGAGGGAGCUCCUGGCUCGAAAAGACAGUGAAACGGGAGAAAACAUCAGGCAGGCAGCAUCCUCCCUUCAGCAGGCAUCAUUAAAGCUCUUUGAAAUGGCAUACAAAAAG